AGUGUGUAGAGAAGAAGUUGGAGGUGUGUUGAAGAUUUUUGAAGUAUGUGGACGAUUCGAGGAUCGGUAGUGAAAUGUUGAUCGGAAAUGGAGGAGACAACAGGGACGAGAGCUUCGCGUCGGAUAACAUGAUGCUCGUUACACGUCGGGAACCACUGCACCUGUGGAAUCUUGAGGACCCCAGGAUGACCAAAGAGCGCACGGAGCAGCCCCACGUCACUCCCCAACGUCGCACACCGCAUCAAACUCCAUCCGUGGCACGUACCUCCUGGAACGUCUCCAAAGAAUCUGCCGAAGAAUCUCGAUUCGAGCUCGCAUGAACUCCAAUGCUCAGCUAGAGUUCCUCUAGGAAAAUGUCUGUCUGGGAACCCGCGACUAACGCAGCCGAGCACCUAUUGACAUCUGACUGCUCUAACUACGACAUUCUCCGUUAGCCAACUGAACCAAAACCUCAUUUCCGUUCUUCAAUGGCCUGGCAGGAUUUCCCGUGCAAGCACGUCGACGAGGACGUCGAAGAAGCGGAAGAGGGUGUCGAGCAGCGAGUGGAAUCGCGGUAACGGAACCAGACCAAAGAACCUGGAAGAUAGACCCAGCAGCAAGGCCUGAUCUCUGAAAGAUGGAGCUGAACGAGACGAUGGAAGAGAACCCGAGCAACGCUACAGACCUGCCUAACCUGUCCACAGUGCUCAUAGACACAGGCCAAUCGAACCGUUCCACCAAUCCUUACGUCCAUAAGAACAGCCACGAGUUGGAACAGGUCCUUCUUCUCACGAUGAAAGCUACCGUCAUGGGUUUCAUCAUCCUCUGCGCUCUCUUUGGCAACUUGCUGGUGAUCGUGUCGGUAAUGAGGCACAGGAAGCUCCGGGUAAUUACCAAUUACUUCGUGGUCUCGUUGGCUCUGGCCGAUAUGCUGGUAGCCAUAUUCGCCAUGACGUUCAACGCGUCCGUCGAGCUGUCCGGCAGAUGGCUGUUCGGCUACUUCAUGUGCGACGUCUGGAACUCCCUGGACGUGUUCUUCAGCACCGUUUCCAUUCUUCACCUUUGCUGCAUCAGCGUGGAUCGUUAUUACGCGAUCGUCCAGCCGCUCGACUAUCCAUUGAUCAUGACCAACCUUCGACUGAGCACCAUGCUGAGCGUGGUCUGGUGCUCGCCGACGGUGAUGAGCUUCCUGCCUAUCUUCGCCGGAUGGUACACCACUGAGAAGCACCUCGAGUUCCGCAGGAAUUACCCUGACGUGUGCAUGUUCCAAGUGAACAAACUCUACGCCGUGAUCAGCUCCAGUGUCAGUUUCUGGCUACCCGGGAUCAUCAUGAUCGCCAUGUACUACAAGAUUUAUAGGGAGGCUGAUCGUCAGGAGAGGAUGCUGUACCGGAGCAAAGUGGCGGCCGCGCUUCUGAACAAACAUCUGCAGAUCAAUGGUAUUUCCGCCGGUUUGACCACGCUCCCCACCGUGGAUCAAUCGUCGCCUGAUCCACAGCCAGAGGAUCCACCGAUCACUAGCAGCAGCAAGAUGAGGAGAGAACGAAAAGCUGCGAGAACAUUGGGAAUCAUCAUGUCAGCGUUUCUGGCCUGCUGGCUUCCAUUCUUCCUCUGGUACAUUAUCACGUCCCUCUGCGACAGCUGCGAGAGCAGCGACUCGGUCGUGGCAGUGGUGUUCUGGGUAGGCUACUUCAACAGCGCGCUGAACCCUCUCAUCUACGCCUACUUCAACCGGGACUUCCGGGCCGCCUUCAGAAAGACCCUGGAGAGCUGUUGCGUGGCGAUCGGGCCAGUUCGUGACCUGCGUCAGGCCCACCGGAAGCAGGACCUGGUGCACAGCAACGCGUCUUCGGAGUUGCACGUGAACAAUCAGCUGAGAGCCAGCGAGAUGACGAACGUGCACAUAGAGGCGUGCAUUUGAGUGUCAAACCAGGGCUCCUCGAACGUCUGCGUGUCCACGAUCUUCUGAAUCGAAGAGGAUCAUCCUCCACUAUGAUCUUCCUUGGACUUGGAAGCAUCGUUCGAUCGUCGGAACAACUGACUCGCGUACAGGGCUGCUGGGAGUUAGCUUUUCGACGGUCAUGACAGUGGACAGCGGCGUUUCGGUGGCCAAUUAACGAGCAGCGCGCGAGGGGCCAUCACGAGGAACGCUCUGGUCACCAAUUAGGGGUGGAACAGUGCGGAAGGUUUCUUUCGGUCGCCAAUUAAUGGCUGGGACGCAACGGUCGAUGGCGCCAGCCAUUUGACCCGUAAUUAACAUACGUUCUUCGAACCGUUGAUCGGCGAGAGGCGCGGGUCUGUCAAGUUUUUAGCGUAAAUCUGUGAGAUUCAGUGUUUCGUAGUGAGUUUUUGGGGACAAGUCGUGAGUUUCUAUGUUACGAGGAUUACGAGGCUGCUGAAGAGAUUUAUACCGUUGGCACCUCGCGGUUCAGGUCUCGGUCCGAGACCUCGAGGCGUGAUAGAGGUGCGUGAAGACUGCUAGAUUCUCCGCUGUAUUUUAUUGGUUAGCGAUUUAAG